ACACGCAUUGCACAUGCGGAAUUAGCAGUCUAAGUUUUAUGUCCUUUCCGUGCGAGGAUCACUAGGAACAUUCAAGCAUCAAUUCCAGGAUCAGAUCUCCGAUCCGUAGCAUCGAGAGUUUGGACAUGUGCAUGGGUGGAUGCGUCGUGUGCUGAGGACAUCGUUGCCUUCGAUAUCACAUAUCACAUAUCGAUUUCGUCACCUUCGAUAUGUAUCAGUUGUAAAUCUUUUUAUCACAGAGUCGCAGGCCCUGAAUGGCGAAAAAUAUACCUCACUUAUCGACAUAAGCACUAGUCGCAGUUUUCUCGGUCCCGUUUUCUUCCGGCGGAGAAGUUCUCUUUCGUACUCCGGAGUCUGUGCUGUACUUGCAGCGACUCUGCCUGUCGUCAUAGCUGUGGAUCAUCAGCCGUCCAGAUCUCCUUUCCUUCUGCUAUCGUUGUCCCAACCACCCUUUUCUCCUCGCGGGCCGGGUCUGAACGCGCAUGAAUGUGAACGAGCUGUCCUCACGCCACAUCUACCCGUAGCCGAUUGCACGCUUGGCAAUCACCAGAUGCAGGCAUUGUGAAUGUGAUCAAGAAAGCAAAAUUUAGGAGGUUGGUGUGAUUGUGUCCUUCACGUUGCUGUUGUUCGUUGACACUGUGUUUACAGUUGACGGUUUUAGGGUUUUGCGAUGGCGAGCAUCGGAGGCGCGUUCGGAGGUAAUCGGGGAUUGACACCCAUCCCCCCGGAGAAAGGAGUUUUUCCCCUGGAUCAUUUACAUGAGUGCGAUGCGGCCAUGAAGGAUUACAUGAAAUGUCUGAAGGAGAGCAAAUUCGACUCUGAGAAGUGUAGGCAGCUUUCGAAAGUGUACCUGGAGUGUCGCAUGGAGAGGGGCUUGAUGGCCAAGCAAGACCUUAAAGAGUUAGGGUUUAAGGAAGGCGAUGGCGGACGGGUGGAAGCCGAAGUUCUUGGAGGGUCUGGAACACCGUUGGUAAACGAGCACAGCAAGCUGCGAGAUGGAUUCGUGUCGGGAAUUCGCAAAACAUCGUCUGGAUCUACUCGAUAAGUGACCUCCCGUCGAGGUGCCGACAGAAGUGAGGGAAAUCUCUUACAUUUGCAGAAUUACAAGCUGCCUGUUCUCGACUUUGGUCCUUGGUUCUCAAGUCGAUCGCGAUUGUACAUAAUAGCAAUAUCGUCUGUGACUGGAAGCCAGCCACAGGAUUGCCACAUUUUUGGGACAGAUCAAACAGAAAUAAAACUUGGAACUGGCUUUUCUUAUUAGUUUGUAGCUGCCGCUGGAUUAGGAGCAAAUGACCCAGCGGUAUGAGAGGCCUAGCAUUCAACGAUUGUAAGUUUUAACAGCCAAAGGUUUUGCAUAGUCAAGUAAGUAGUCCGUGGGUGCCAAUACUGUCCAGCCCGGAAGCAUGUGGAGCACGUACGCGCUGAAUUAUAUACAAUUUCGAUGCACUCGAGGGUUUUGAGGAAUGAUUGCUCUGUCUCUAUCUGUCUGUCAGUCGGACAUCCUCAUUCCUUCCGCCUCUGUUUGUGUUUGAUUACACCAAAGUCUCAUAACCUUUUGGGUUGCAAGUGAUGACUAGCGGGCAUAGUGGACAUCAGUGUGCCCUGAGUCGACAUCUCCGAUGCCCUCCUGCAUGUAGGCCAAAUGCUCGAGACGACGACAGAUGUAUCUUCAUAAUCGGCCUCGUCUUUUCUCAUCAGCUCGAGUCCUCAUUUUGGUCUCCGUUUUACCACCUUAACUUGCUGACUUCUUCAAUUCAUUGAGUGAUUGUGAUAUUACUAUUCUGCGGACUGCUGAAUCCUCUCAUGAAAGACACCUUUCAACUUCAUGCAUGGAGCUUUGAAGGACGACUGUAGGGACUGCAUAAUCACCUGCCAGAGCCCAGCUUGCAUGCAUGGCUAUCAUUCAAGAACAAGUAAUGUCCUUCCCGUCCCCCAUGGAGUUGCAAUCAGUUCUAUGGACUAGGGCUUUUGUAUGCAAGUGAAAAGUCCUACAAGCAUGUGUACCCAGAGUGGACGCCCCGUGCAAAAUCACAACGCUGGUGCAGUGGUGCCACGUAACAUCAUUUGAAACCGGACCUCGGUAACAGCCGUAUCUCAAGGAAUCGAGUAUGAAGCGCACCAAUUUUUUCAGUGGCAAUCAUUGAAUAGAUGAUAAGCGCCAAGGUUGUGUCUCU